GCCAGUAUAUAGUUUAUGCAACAUCGUCUGCCAUGUAACCCGCGACCCCCGCGACGCAAAAGCUCACAGCUGGGCCCAUCUUUUUCUGCCACCGUUUUCGCGCGCCUUCUGCGCACAUGCAUUACACGUUCUCCAUUCGGUGCAACAAAAGUAACAGCUGCCCUGUACAAGACAGACGUGAGUCACCGUUGUUGGAACGCCCUGCCAAAGAGCCAGUGGCACGCCAGCUGUGUCAUGGACUGUGAUGCAGAAUCCAACAGAAUCAGUGCACGCCUGCGUCGCAUGCACUUCUCCAUGUCAAACUGGGCGAGCCGAAAGAUAAAAGGGGUGCUCAGCUUUAGUUCAACGAGGCGACAGCAGAGCAGGAAGUCUGUCGACGCCGGAACGCAGACCCACCUGUCUGGCGAUGUCGUCUCGGCGGACAACAAAAGUGUGCAGUCUCGGUACAGAUUGCGUCGGCCAAUCUGUCCUACCUACGACGCCGAUCGAAACCAAUACCCGGCAGUCUUGCUUGACCGCAAAGACCGUUUCCAACAGCACUGGUUCAUCGAACCUAUCGUCGCCACGAUCACCGAAGUUCUACAGUAUCCGUGGGGAACUGACGCCCUCUUCAUGUGCGCCCUCGUCUUAUUGGCUGCCGUUUGUGUCGUCGCCUACUACGUCAUAUUCGUGGUCAUCCCCAUCAUGGCACUCGGUGUCUUAUUGGCCAUUGUCAACUCUGCCAUCUUCGAACGCAGUUUGGCAACAAACGUUCGACGUCUUCUAAGCUGACCAGCGUUCCUCUGACGAUAUGCAUGGGAACUCUUUCAAGUUUUUCAGAACCGUCUGUAUCUAGUGCGACGUGGUGUCAUAUGGUGUCGUCUGCCACCAUUGCCGAAUACGUCUUGUGUGCACCACACUGUGUCAAAGUCAAUGCUGUGAUAUUAAGGUGCGCUGUCGCAGAGCAUCAGAAGUGCAUUUACGUGGUACGACAAAACCGUUCCGGUGACCUGUAUUGUAAAUAAAUGUUUUUAGACGCU